AGAUUCGCAGUUGAAACCAUCCUGUGCCCGCGGUACAUUCAAAUCGCUGUUGUGCACGCUUAUUGAUUAUGCCUAAAAAUAAAGGUAAAGGAGGUAAAAAUCGUCGUCGAGGGAAGAAUGAGAAUGAAAGUCAAAAGCGUGACCUUAUCUACAAGGAAGCUGGCCAAGAGUACGCAAAAGUUGAGCGUCUGUUGGGUAAUGGACGAUUAGAAGCCUAUUGUUUCGAUGGUGUUAAAAGACUGUGUCAUAUUCGUGGGAAGUUACGCAAAAAGGUGUGGAUCAGUAAUGGAGAUAUCAUUUUAAUCGGUUUGCGAGACUAUCAAGACAACAAAGCUGAUGUGAUCAUGAAGUAUCUGAACGAUGAGGCAAGAACACUGAAAUCAUUAGGUGAGAUCCCAGAUACUAUAAAAUUGGAAGAGAAUGAUGAUAUUGAAUUCGACGCGAAUGCUGCCAUCUUCGAUGAAGACGAAGAUGGUGAGAAAGGAUCUGAUUCUGAUGAAGAAGAAGAAGAAGACGGCUCAGAUGAUGAUAGUGAUGAUUCUGAUGAUAUGGAAGAGGUGAAUCAAAGAUUCCGUGCUGAAGCUAGCGUCACUAAGGAUCAGCGAAAUAAUCGUCGAAGAUAAUUUAUUUGAUUGGCUAUAUUGUGGUGUGGUGUGGUGUGGUGUGGUGCGUUGCUUGUUUAUAAAUAAAACUGGGUUCAAAUUUGACUACAUAGUGUUGUUUCUCUCAGAUAUGAUAAUCGUAUAUAUAGAUGAUAUAAUGUAUGCCUCUUAUGUGUAUGCUUCUGUCUAUGUCAUCUUGAAUGUGUGUGUAUGACAAAUGUCCAUAGACACAAACACACAUACACACUCACACACAGUCACUUUUAAUGCGUGUAUAUCUAAAUUUCCACAUAUGUUGUCUGUAUUUUGGUACUUUAUCAUCUUCUUUGACACUUAGGCAAAAUACUUGAGUAUAUAUAUUCUUUCUUGUCAUUUUAAACAAACAAAAUAAUUGAUUUUUAUGCACACUGGGGAAUGCACAAAGAUAUACACUAUUCUUCUCCUUUUAUCUUAAUGCUUUUCUCAAUGAUGUGUAAUUUCUAUUCUUCGGUUAUCAUCAUCUAUCUUCAGAGAAACACAAAUGUAUGUUAGUCAAUCAGUUGAAUCGGUUUUGUCUUUAGUUGUUUUAAUUAUGCAAUCGAUAUUCGUUGUGUGUGGAAACGUCUUUAUGUGUGUACAUGAGUUUAUAGAAUACAUCGCGAAACUCCAUUACUGUAUGGGAUUAUGGUUGUGGCGUUUUUCUCUCCACCUGUUCAUCUCUUUUAUUUCGAGGACUACUUUCUCAUGCUUACUGUUCUUGUGUGUAGAGUGAUAUUCAGUGCAGUUAGUCCUGCCGGACUCAGACUUUAGGCACCGUGUUAAAGGCAC